CAGAAAUUAAUAUGGUUAGUUGCCGCUUUUGCUGAGAAAUUAUAUCUGCUUUAAGAGCUUUCUUAGUUAAUUUUAACAAGUUUAUGACAGAUAAAGUUUUGGUGGCUACCUAAUCCCUUGAGUGUAUUUCUUCAUACUGGCAUGACAUGUCUGCUUUGGUUUCACUUGACAGAAUUAAGCAUGUUAGACAGUGGCUGAUGUUUGCUUUACAUAAAUAGAACAGGCAGAUCAGCAUUGCUUGGUGUUAAAAUUAUCUUUGGGCUUGCAGGGUAGCAUGCUUUGGAAAACUUAAAACACUCGUUCAUGCAUUUUAUAAACACAGUGCUUGACCACUGAAAAGAAGCAUGAUAGAAUCCCCUGAGGAAAACAUGGGAGAAACCAUUACACGGACUACAACAGCCAAGCUAAUGAAAAAAGCUUUUUUGGAGGCUCUACAAGCAAAUGACUACAGGACUCUGGAAGAGCUUUUGGCUCAAAAACAAAUAGAUGUGGACACAGUGUUUGAAGUAGAAGAUGAGAAUUUGCUCCUGGCCUCUUACAAACAAGGAUAUUGGCUGCCUAGUUAUAAACUGCAGCAUUCCUGGGCAACAGGACUACAUUUAUCUGUUCUGUAUGGACAUCUGGAGAGUCUUUCAGUCCUGCUGAAACAUAAAGCAACCAUCAACUGCAGACCCAAUGGGAAAGCAGCAAUCCACAUAGCAUGUGAAGUUGCCAAUCUGGAUUGUAUCAAUAUACUCUGUAGCCAUGGAGCAAAAACCAACUGCUAUUCAUUGAGUGGGCUUGCACCCCUGCAUUAUUGUACUACAAAGUUAUCUAUGCCUUGUGCACAACAGUUAAUUUGGAAAGGUGCAGAUGUAAAUAUAAGAUCAAACAAUCAAGAUGAAGAAACACCCCUUCAUACAGUUGCUCGUAAUGGCAUUCCUGAAAUGGUUGCCUUCUACGUGGAACAAGGAGCUGUAGUUGAUGGUGCAAAUGCCCACCGAGAAACACCAUUGUCCUGUGCGGUUUACUGGGCCCUUAAUGGCAAGGAACAAACCUACAGCACAGAUCACCAUCUCAUCUGCCGGAUGCUCCUUGACUACAAGGCUGAUGUUAAUUCACGGGAUGAAGAUUUCAGGACACCCCUCCACAAGGCAGCCUGGAAUUGUGAUCAUGUACUACUAAACAUGUUGCUUGAGGCAGGUGCUGAGGCCAACCUGAUGGAUGAUAAUGGGUGUGCCCCUCUGCAAUAUGUCCUGAAAGUGACAGACGUACGCCCUAGUGCUCAGCCUGAAAUCUGUUAUCAGCUGCUUCUGAAUCACGGAGCUGCCAGGAUAUAUCCACCACAAUUCCAUAAGGUGCUGCAAGCUUGUUGUUCCUAUCCCAAAGCAGUUGAAGUUAUUGUGAAUACAUAUGAACAUAUCAGGUGCACAACGAAAUGGAGAACAGCUAUACCUGAUGAUCUCUUUGAGACAUACAGAAGUUUCUACGAAUCCCUUUUUGAAGCAUGUGCAAAUAUACCACGAUCACUAAAACAUUUAGCCAGAUGUGCUAUUCGAAGAAUAUUGCUCCAUAAAUGUCACAAAGGAAUCCCUUUACUUUUAAUUCCAUCAAUAUUAAAAAGGUAUUUACUUUUAGAGCCAGAAGGAAUAAUAUAUUAAGAUGUGUAAGAGACAUUUUCAGAUAAUUUAAUUUAAAAGUGUUUGGAUUCUAUUCCCAUGGGAGAAGUUAAAAUCAAGAUUUCUGUGACAGCACCAGCAAAAAGCAGAACUAAUAUUUUCUACAAAGAAUAUGAAUUCAUACAUACAUACAUACAUACACACAUACAUCAUUAUUGAACUUUGAGCACAUGUAAGAGAAUAUUUCAAUCCUAGCAGUUUACAGAAGCACAACAAAUGAAAAGAAAGAACUAAGAAAAUACUUCUAAGGAAAGAGAAAAAAAAUGUCCAACAUGUGGGAAAUGUUCUAAAGAGAACUAUUAGUUUUCUCCACUUGAUAGCUUCUAAUGUUCCAUAUUACCAUGACUAUAGUGCACUAGAGUUAUAGGCCUUGUAGUCCAAAAUGCUGAGGCAACAGUCAUGCAAGACUAUUGUUACGAAUGAAGGCGAAUAUAUGUGUCCCAAGAUAAUGUUGCAGGAUCUAAUCUGGGUUGAUCACCAGGACUAGAGGUUUUGUCUUCUGAGCUUUCGGACUCAUGCUGGAACCCAUCUUCAGGGAACUUCUCUCUAGCUCCAACAAGAGUCCGAAAGCCCAGAAGACAAAACCUGUGGUUCUGGUGACUGACCCAGAGUGGAUCCUGCAAGACUAUUGUGAACGUUAAUCCUUUCAUUUUGAGACAUCUUCCUUCAUAAAAUAAGUAAGAAGUGCUAAGAAAGCAAAAUUAUUAAAUAGUACAUAUAAUCUUUUUUCCUUUUUAUUAUAUUGUUGUGAGGUUUAAUAUAUUUAAUUUUGAUACAAUGGUAUUUAUACAAUACUAAUUAAAAAUUAUUGACAUUUUAUUGUUUGAAUAACUUAAGAUAUUACAAAUAAAAAUAAAGAUUCUAUCAAUAUUAGUUAUAAUUUGGGCUAUCAAUAUUAUAAACAUAAAAUAUUUGACUUUUUCAUCCAAAAUGAAGUGUAAUACUAAGAAAGACUGCAGAAUGCAUUGAAUGAUAUGUUAUACAAUAAAGGUUUCAUUCUUGA